AGAUUUUUAGGUGACUCAGAGUCCCUCACUCACUAUGGUAAACAGUCACUCGCUUGCCUCAAGAAGCGAGCACACAAUUGAUUUUCAGGCGACUGCUGAGUCAAGCAUAACGGACUAAGUUGAGUUACAUGAUCAUAAACACUGUUGCUAGACAAAAGCAAAAGAGAUCAGGAUCCGAACGAAGAAUCAGAAGUGAAUAUGGAAAUGCAAGAAUCUACAUAAGCAUCGGUACGACAAAGUUGAAAUAUGAAUACCAUGAAGACAACUUCCACCGGGGAUAAAUCCUCCAAAGCUCGUCUGAGAGGAGCUACACCGGCAACGUCAACGGGAAGGAAAGCGUCUUCAUCAUUUACGUCCGGGCGCAGAACAAGUGUGGCCGCGUCAUCGUCGACUACGAGUGCGAAAAAGGUGGAACGCAGUCGUGACAAUUCAACGCGCAACAAAAGUUAUGAAAUAUCCUCAUCCUCUAGUACCAGUACAACAAAUUCCCAACAAGUGUGGCCUCCUGCCGGCGGGAAGCUCGAUCGGGCUGACAAAUGGGUAUCGCGCAUCAUUUCGGAUCGCAUCAACUUGGGCGUUCUCGAGUACGCUUUUGCGUUCCCGGGAAUGUUUUUCUCGACGACUCCGUGCCUGGUUAUGUGUCCGCUGACACUGGUACUAGUGCUCGACGCGUGGAAUAGUCGGCCGAAAAUUUGGUCCCCGGGUCUACUCACGACCACGAUCAUACAACAAGCAAAUAAUCCAAAGAACGCUGGCGGACCACUGGCAGCUGCGAGAACAGCCCAGGAGGUAAACUUGGUGUGUCUCACAGUGGCACUUUUCCUACUUGCGGGUUGGCUGGUGACGUUCUUCAUGUAUGUUUUGCUCGCACGCACUUCCAAGGAAGAAGUGAAAACACCGGCGGCGGCCCUGCAGGUGGCCGGGCGUUUCGAAUUUUUCUGGGGCAAGUGGGGGUACGUGCUCGGGCCGGUCGCCGUUUCCAUACUGUUGUUGGUCCUGGAGGCCUGCUGGCAGGAGGAGGGAAUCGUUUUUAGUGGUGUCGUGGAUUUGCUGUUCUCCCCAGGAGGCUCCACCUUUUCUUCCACGCCGCCACUCGCGAUCAGUGCCGCGCGCCGAGUCCUCGUGUACUGGAGCGUCAGUCUGGCGGCGGUGAUGGUGGUGAAAGACGUGACGAAAAGAAGAAGACCACUUCUCCUCGUGCCCGAAGACCAACGGAGGGAAUACCGGGUGCAAUUUUUCUCGAAGUUCAUCGCUCUGGACCCGGACGCGAGCUUUCCCUCCGGCGACACAGCGGGUGCAACCGGCGUCGCGGUCGCAGUGUACUACUCUUUUCUGGAGCUCUUCGAGGAACAACAGUCGACCUCCAGCAUCGAGUCUUCAAGCUCAAGCAGGAGUCUGACAACCACUGUGUGCUGUCUGUCGCUAGUUUUCCUGGCGGCGUUUGGGCGGGUGCACUGGCAGGUCCACCACGUUCUCGAUGUUGUGGUGGGUGCGGGACUCGGGUUUGUUCUCUGCAGCGCGCUGCAACGUCUCUCACCGAUCUUUUUCUCGACGACCAGGUACGAUCCCUUCUUCGCCCACUUCCUUUUCCUCGUCGCCGCUCUGCGAAAUAUCGCCGCGGGAAACAAAAGGGGCCGAGAAGCGCUGGAGGACGUCAAGAGGACAAUCAGUAUCGGAAAAAAAAAAUGAAUAUUUGGAAACGGCUUAAGACCGCCGGACCUACAUCAAGGGAACAUUCCUUCGAAACAAGUCUACAAAUUUUCUUCACGGAAUCAAUUAUUUUAUCGGAAGCUGAUGUGCAUCAUAUCGCAGCGCUUUUCUUCCGACUUGCACGCCGCGAAAAUAGGGCGUUUUGUAGUUGUGGACUUUUCUGUGUACUAUCUAUGUCAACAUCCCGCGGCGCGCCGUGCAUAACGAUAACCAUGAUGUGAUGUCAUCGGAUGAUGAACAGCGACCACUGAGUGGAAGGAAGGAAGGUCAAUCGAGAUCGGCCGGGGAAU